CUACAGCGCCCAUCGUACUUAAUGACAUAUCCUCAACUAGUAGGCUGUGAAAUUCGAGAAAAUUUGUCAAAUUUUGAGACCCUGAGGUGAAGCAGAAAAUAUUUCAUUUCGUUUUAGUUAGUCGUACGAUUUGUUUCUUAUUUGUGAAAGCUCGUCGAACGGAAGCAAAUCUCGCUUUACCCUUUUGAAAAAUAAAGGAAAAAGUUCGUAAAAAGCGAAAGAGCCAUCGAAAUUAACACGAAAAGGAGUUCAAAUAAAGAUUGCUUCCCUCAGAUCUCAUACCAAAAUGGUUGCCGAUUCCAUCGACGCAGGAAUUUCUAUUGCCGUUGCCGACCAAUCUUCAUCGGCGGCAGUGGGCAAGGAUGAGCUUCCCGCUGGCAACUACAUCCUGGUAGGUGUGGACAUUGACACCACUGGACGUCGUCUAAUCGAUGAGAUUGUCCAGCUGGCGGCCUAUACCCCCACUGAUCACUUCGAGCAGUACAUCAUGCCCUAUAUGAAUCUGAAUCCAGCCGCGCGUCAGCGCCAUCAAGUUCGUGUUAUUUCGAUUGGUUUUUAUCGUAUGCUGAAGUCGAUGCAGACCUACAAGAUAAUCAAAUCAAAGUCGGAGAUCGCUGCCCUAAAGGACUUUCUCAACUGGUUGGAGCAACUGAAUGCCAAGACUGCCGGUUCGGAUGGCAUUGUCCUUCUCUACCAUGAGGAGCGCAAGUUUAUUCCGUACAUGAUUCUGGAGUCACUCAAGAAGUACGGACUUCUGGAGCGCUUUACCAAGUCGGUGAAGUCAUUUGCCAACAGCCUGAACCUGGCAAAGGCCUCGAUGGGCGACACCAACAUUAAGCACUACAGCCUGCGCAAGCUGUCAAAGAUGUUGACCAAGGCCAAGGAGGAUGGAUCCACCGGAUCCGGUUCGGCUAGCGAGAGCAAUGUCGCUGACAGCAGCAAUAGCAGCAGUAGCAACAUUAACGACAAGCGAUCUCCCAAGAAUGGCAUCCAGUUCGAGCGGGACCAGUUCGAUGGAAACGCCAGCGUACGUGCCAAGCUGGCCUUCAAUGUGGCCCUCCAGCUUAGCAACUCUGACCGCAAGGCCGAGCCAGAGUCAUCGGAGGCAUUGACCAAUCUCUUCAAUGCUCUGAAGCCUUUCGCCAAGUUGGUUGGGUCCGACGUCCAGGAGCUGGACACCCAAAACGAGAAUCUGGAGCGCCAGAACUCCUUCCGUCCGGUCUUCCUGAACUACUUCAAGACCACUUUGUAUCACCGGGUGCGGGCCGUCAAGUUCCGCAUUGUGCUGGCGGAGAACGGCUUUGAUCUGAACUCCCUCAACGCCAUCUGGGCGGAUCAACGUACCGAAGGCUUGGACAUGGCCCUGCAGUCAAUCGGGACGCUUAAGAACGAGGACAAGACUGAGCUUCUGGAGCUGUUGGACAGCUUCUUCGAUCCCAGCAAGACCACCAUUAAGCCGGUUGUCAAAUCGAACAACAACCGUCGCCGCAAUCGUCGUGCACCAGGCACGCCGAGCAAGAAUGGGGCGGCCAGUUCCCGUUCGGCUAGCGCCGAGUUUGGUGCCGGAGGUGACAAAUCGCAAAGCGUGUCCUCCGUACCAGAUUCAACCACUAAGUCGCCGUCACCGAAUAAGACGGCUGGGUCCGGCGGUCGUCCGCAGCGCAAGCGCAACUCUCGCCACAGCAUGAGUGGCGCCAACGGCUUGAAGGUGGCGGAAACCUCAUCCUCGAAGGGUGAUCUCAACAAUACGGCUCCAGCUGCCGUAACCUCAAAUGUUGCAGCACCUUCGGCCGCUCCGGUGGCCAUUGCGGCCUCCAACUAAAGCAUCGUUUCGUGUCUCCGCAAGUAAUUGACUUAUUUCUUCAGAGAUGCAUAUAUUAGUUGCUUUUACUAUAACGCUUAGUAGUUUUUAAGGGUUUUCCCUUGCCUUAGAUUGUUGAUUAAUUUUAUGAAUUGCUUAAGCUUGCUUGUAUUAUUGAAUUUUUAUAAAAAACAUUGAAAAA